AUGACCACUGUAUGGUGCUGGUUAGCAAUUGCCGCCACCAACUCGACAUCAACAAUGUCUUCUUGCACGACGAUCUUGAUGAAGAAGUUUUCAUCAGUCUCAGGUCAUUCUUUGUUCACUCUUGUCCUUGUUUAUUUUGAUGAUAUAUUAGUCGCAGGUAACGACAUUUCUCAAAUCAAGAUCUUUAAAAAAGUUCUCUCCACUCACUUCAAAAUAAAGGAUCUUGGUUCUCUGAAGUACUUUCUUGGACUCGAUGUUGCUCGGUCUCCCAACAACAUCUUUCUUAAUCAGUGCAAAUAUGCUCUCGACAUCCUCUCUGACAGUGGACAACUUGGUGCCCAAACUGCUUCUUUUCCCAUGGAGCAACACUUGAAGCUCAAUAAUCAAGACGGUGACCUACUUCCUGAUCCUUGCCUUUACCGUCGUCUCAUUGGCCGCCUUAUUUAUCUCACCAUCACUAAACCAGACAUUGUUUAUGCAUUCAAUAUCUUCAGUCAGUUCAUGCAUGCUCCUCGGGUUCCUCACAUGACUGCGGCUACUAGAGUUCUCUGUUACAUCAAAGGUAGCCCCGGCCAAGGCAUCUUCUUUCCUUCCUCUAAUAGUCUAGAUGUCACAACAUAUACUGAUUCUGAUUGGGCCAGUUGUCCCACCACUCAUCGUUCCACUACAAGAUACUUCAUUCAGUUAGAUACCAAUCCGAUCUCUUGA